AUGGCGGCUCCUCGCGUCAGCUUCUCCGACAAGGACCUGGAAAAUGGUGAAGGCGGUGCUGCCGAAAGAUCUCGCAAGUGGUCGCAGGCACCUGGCAACAUCGAAGACUUAGACGAAUACACUGCCCUCCAAAAGUACAUCUCGACCUACCGGGACCCCAAGGCCGCCGCCGCCGAGGAGAAUGCUAACAAGGAGGACGAUGUGAAGCCAAAGAAGGCAUGGCAGUUCUGGAAGAAGUCAGACGCCGGCGCCGGCUCUGGCGACAUGACCGUCCCUGACGACUGGCUCAACGCCGACAUCAAGCAGGGUAUCUCGGAGCACGAUGUCGAGAGCCGCCGCAAGCGAUUCGGCUGGAACGAAAUCACCACCGAGAAGGAGAACCUGUUCAUCAAGUUCUUGGGCUUCUUCACCGGUCCUAUUCUCUACGUCAUGGAACUCGCCGUCCUCCUCGCCGCUGGUCUUCGUGACUGGAUCGAUCUCGGUGUCAUUAUCGCCAUUCUUAUGCUCAACGCCAUUGUCGGUUGGUACCAGGAAAAGCAGGCUGCCGAUGUCGUCGCUUCGCUCAAGGGUGACAUUGCCAUGAAGGCUACCGUCAUCCGCAACGGACAAGAACAGGAUAUCAAGGCUCGUGAGCUUGUUCCAGGCGAUAUCAUCGUCGUUGAGGAAGGUCUCGUUGUCCCAGCCGAUGCCCGUCUUAUCUGCGACUACGAACACCCAGAAGACUUCGAGAAGUACAAGGAGCUCCGCGAGCAACAUGCUCUCGACCCAGAGGAGGACCCAGCGGGCUCCGAGGACGCCGAGGAGGGUGAAGAGGGUGAGGGCAUCCAGCACCAAGGUCACGCUAUCGUCGCUACCGAUCAGUCCGCCAUCACCGGUGAAUCCCUCGCUGUCGACAAGUUCAUGGGCGACGUCGUCUACUACACCACUGGCUGCAAGCGUGGCAAGGCCUACGCUGUUGUCCAGACAUCUGCCAAGUUCUCCUUCGUCGGACGCACUGCCACUCUUGUGCAGGGUGCUAAGGACCAGGGUCACUUCAAGGCUAUCAUGAACAGCAUCGGUACGGCUCUCCUCGUCUUGGUCAUGUUCUGGAUUCUCGCUGCCUGGAUUGGUGGUUUCUUCCGCAACCUCAAGAUCGCUACCCCAGAGGAGUCCGACAACACCCUCCUCAAGUACGUCCUCAUUCUGUUCAUCAUCGGUGUGCCCGUCGGUCUUCCUGUCGUCACCACCACCACUCUCGCCGUCGGUGCUGCCUACCUCGCCAAGCAGCAAGCCAUUGUCCAGAAGUUGACUGCCAUUGAGUCGCUUGCUGGUGUCGAUGUGCUCUGCUCUGACAAGACCGGUACCCUCACUGCCAACCAGCUCUCUAUCCGCGAGCCGUACGUCGCUGAGGGCGAGGACGUCAACUGGAUGAUGGCCUGCGCUGCUCUCGCUUCCUCCCACAACAUCAAGUCUCUCGACCCAAUUGACAAGGUCACCAUCCUUACUCUCAAGCGCUACCCCAAGGCCCGUGACAUCCUCAAGGACGACUGGAAGACCGAGAAGUUCACUCCAUUCGACCCUGUCUCCAAGCGCAUUACUACCGUCUGCACGCUCCGUGGCGACCGCUUUACUUGCGCCAAGGGUGCACCAAAGGCUGUUCUGCAACUCACUGAGUGUUCUAAGGAGACUGCCGACUUGUUCAAGGAGAAGGCCGCAGAGUUCGCUCGUCGUGGUUUCCGUUCCCUCGGUGUCGCUUACCAGAAGAACAACGACCCAUGGGUCCUCCUCGGUAUGCUUUCUAUGUUCGACCCGCCACGUGAGGAUACCGCCCAGACCAUCGUUGAGGCUCAGCAGCUUGGUGUACCCGUCAAGAUGUUGACCGGUGACGCUAUCGCUAUUGCCAAGGAAACCUGCAAGAUGCUUGCCCUCGGAACCAAGGUCUACAACUCUCAGAAGCUCAUCCACGGUGGUCUCUCCGGCACUACCCAGCACGAUCUUGUUGAGCGUGCUGAUGGUUUCGCUGAGGUCUUCCCAGAGCACAAGUACCAGGUCGUCGAGAUGCUGCAACAGCGUGGUCACUUGACUGCCAUGACUGGUGACGGUGUCAACGAUGCUCCAUCGCUCAAGAAGGCUGACUGUGGUAUCGCCGUCGAGGGUUCCUCCGAAGCCGCCCAGGCCGCUGCCGACAUUGUCUUCCUCGCCCCAGGUCUCUCCACCAUCGUCUUCGCCAUCAAGACUGCCCGCCAGAUCUUCCAGCGUAUGAAGGCCUACAUCCAGUACCGUAUCGCCCUCUGCUUGCAUUUGGAGAUCUACCUCGUCACCUCCAUGAUCAUCAUCAACGAGACCAUCAGCUCCGAGCUCAUCGUCUUCAUCGCCCUCUUCGCCGAUCUGGCCACCGUCGCCGUUGCCUACGACAACGCACACUCGGAACAGCGCCCAGUCGAAUGGCAACUGCCAAAGAUCUGGAUCAUCUCCGUCAUCCUCGGUAUCGAACUCGCCAUUGCCACCUGGAUCAUCCGUGGUACGCUCUACCUCCCAAGCGGUGGUAUCGUCCAGAACUGGGGUAACGUUCAGGAAAUCCUCUUCCUCGAGGUUGCCCUUACUGAGAACUGGUUGAUCUUCGUCACCCGUGGUGCACGCACUCUUCCAUCCUGGCAGCUGGUCGGCGCCAUCUUCGGUGUCGAUGUCAUUGCGACUCUGUUCUGUAUCUUCGGAUGGUUGAACCCCAACAUCUACCAGGAGCCACUCCCAAGCCCAAUGUCUUCCUUCCAGGAGACUCGCAACGGUCACACCGACGUCGUCACCGUCGUUGUCAUCUGGGCAUACUCGAUCGGUGUUCUUAUCUUCAUCGCCAUCACCUACUACCUGCUUAACAAGAUUCCAGGUCUCGCCAACCUCGGCCGCAAGAACCGUUCCGUCCACGACACCCAGAUGGAGAACAUCAUCGGUCACCUUAGCAAGCUUGCGCUCAAGCACGAGAGAGACGAGCACGGCGAGGGCCGAUGGACAUUGGUUGGCAAGCAGCAAGAGGAUGAGGAGGAAGAAUAG